UACGACGUAGGAACCUCACUUAUGCAAACCGAAACUUUGUCACUUCACUUCCUCUUCUGGCUCCAUUUACAAAAGCACCAUCGAAAGGCUUUCUCUGUCUCAGUGGAGUUUCCACAGUCUCUCAGCUCGGUGCACAGCAAUGGACAGCAGGGUUCAAGGUGGUAAAGCAUUUGGCGUCCUCAAGUCUCAACAGGAAGAAAAACUGACCUCUACAAAUGAGGCCUUUCUUUCAGAUCCCCAAUAUGCAGAAGAGGAAGAACUUGCCUCAAAGCUUGAAAUGUUCAAAAAAAAAUACAUGGAGUUUGAUAUGAAUGACAAAGGAGAAAUAGAUAUAAUGGGGUUAAAACGAAUGUUGGAAAAAAUGGGUCUGGCAAAGACUCACCUGGAGCUUAAAAAGAUGAUGUCAGAGGUGGUUGGAGGGACGUCGAAAGAGACUUUUGGCUACAAUGACUUCCUGAACAUGAUGCUGGGAAAAAGAAAUGCAAUACUAAAACUGAUCUUAGCAUUUGAAUGCAUGGGGAAGGAACAGGAGCAGAAAGAUGUUGGACCACCUAGCCGCAAAAAAAUCUCAGAUCUGCCCUGAACAUGCUCGCCAUCCUAAACUGGAAUCAGUCUCAUUGAUACUUUUUUUUAUGGUAACUCCUUAAUGCUUUCAAAUUCCUGUCAAUAGAGGGAAAUCUGAAAAUGUUGAUUAAAUAAUUGAAUUUACAAAAAAAUAUUUGUGCAUUCUGUGUUGUGUGAUUAUGACAAAAGCUGUAAUGCUACAGAAACAUUCUGUACCUUCAACAAAGUGAUAAGUUAACAUAACAAUAUGAAUGUAUGUUGUAUUUUUAUUUGCUCUCCUUUUGCUUUACAUAUUUUUGUGAUGAAAUGUUAUUGGAAAAAUAACCACAUCUUUCAAUAAAUACAUACAAUAAAAGAGGAAA